AUGGCCGCUGGCCUGGCGGUGCUCUCGGCCGCGGGCUUCGGGGCGGCCGGCGUCACCUCUGGCAGCUUGGCGUCGGCGUGGCAGGCCACGAUGGUGGGGGGCGCCGUCACGAAGGGCUCGACCGUUGCGUUGCUGCAGUCCGUGUCCAUGGGCGGGCUUGGCCUCGCGCAGGGGGUCGUGGUGACUGGCGGGUUGGCCGUGGGCUUUGCAGCCUUCUGCGACCGCGUCGGCCAGCUCGAGGGCCGGCUGGAGGGCUUGGCGGUGCAGACUGCGCGCUGGGCGACGGAGACUGCUGUGGUCAUCGGAGGCAGAGUCGUCGAGCUCGACCUGCCUUAG